AUGGAAGACGAUAGGCGCCAGUCCGCCAUUGAUAAGCCGUCUAUUACCAAAGUAGCCCGGAAGAAGUUCGCAAAGCCACCGGUCAAGGUCGCCUGUCUCUCAUGUCGAGCAUCAAGAAUAAGAUGCGAUGGAAAGGAUCCAUGCUCCUGCUGCGCCCUCAAAGGGAAAGAAUGCUCCUAUCUCCCGAGCAAGCGAGGAGGUCCUCGGAAGAAGAGAGCCGAUCCUCCUUCGUCCCUGGGUGAUACCAUGCAAAGUAGAAUCUGGUCUACCGUGCAUCCCGUCCCUCGAAUAGACGAAGGUUUGUAUUACAAGCGGCGAUGGCAUCAUGCUUAUCCUCCGGAUGCCCCAAGUGGCCUUACUACUAUUGUGUUGCCCUGCCAUCCAAAUGCCCAGCAACAAGUUCCGGUUCAUUCAACGACUGCUCACGCUCCAGCCAUACCUCCCCCUGAGCCGCCACGGGUACGGCUAUACGGGAGUGAACAAGAUAUAUUGAAUGCUUAUUACAUCUAUAUCCACUACUAUUUCCCGAUUUUCCCCCCACCACACACACCAAUAGCUGUUGACCGGCCCUUAAACACACCAGUCAAAGCUCCAACUACCACUACCUCAGACCCUGUCCUUCCAUACAAGCCCAAAUCUCCCGUUACUCUGGCCAUAUCAGCGGUACUAGCGUUGAUCCCCCACCCCCGGGAUCCAAACUCAUUUGCGCCCGAAUCAGUAUUACUUCGAAGAGCCUAUGCGCAUGCUUUUGCCCGAGAAGCCGUUGCAAGUAUUGAAGCAGAGUCAGACCUACAAGAGUCUAUCACUAGUCCGUCCGAGGCUCUCUCGCAUAAUUCAACGAUACCUAGCAGGCUGAUGGUUCACCCACUCACCCCAACAGACCUGGAAGGUAUCCUUGCCCUUCUGAUUCUAAGUAUAUACGAAUAUAAUCAAAGGGGGAACCUGAUCAAAAUGCGGCAUAGAGCGGGCCAGGCGUACAUCAUGGCAAUGAAUCUUUCAUUACAUGCAAUCACGCACGACGACAGCCCGUUUGCCGAGGCCAGGAGAAGAGCAUGGUGGAUGACUUUCUACUGCGUUUGUCAGGGAUCCAUCGUGGGAACCGUGCCGAUCACAAUAUUAACCCAUGACCCCCGAUUCACAACGCCAUAUCCACGAUUUGCAUCAGAUUUUAGAGCAUGGUCUAUUUUAAUUCAAGCACAGCAGGCGCUGGUCGCCGCCACACAGUAUAUCAUCGACUUUAAUCGCGCAUUGAGGGCAAAAGCGAACUUAGGCAUCAUCUUUGAACGAAUGGGGAAACUAACGGCCUGGACUUCGUCUAUACUUGCGCAGAUAGACGCGCCACUCCAGGAACCCUCAGUCACUUCUCCCCAAGACGUAGAAAGUAUCACGGCUCAAAGUAUUCGGUAUAUUUCACGAAUAAAACUGUGCAGCGCACGAAUAAAGACACAUCGGUUCCGCGCCUUUCUCGAUAUACCGAUAUUUAUCAAAAAGCACUGUGAUUUAACUUGCGCAAGCAUAGCCAGCCCAACCACAGAGAGCUCUUCAAGCGUACUGGAAUUCCAGGAUACCAUACAGCCGAUAUCAUGCUGUUCGAGCAACUUCAGCCAACUUCCAGCUGCGCCUCCUGCAAAUACCCAGUUAGAAAGCCCCAUUUCUUCCAGUUCGCCGGUAUCAGACACUUCAGGCUCUCGAUGGAUACCCGAAGACUCGUUUCCAUUCUCGAAUUCUACGUCAACCAGCAUAUGUCUGGAAGCUGCUCUAUCUAUUGCCCAGAUGUUCGACAGUCUACCGUAUCCCAAGCCAACAUACGACAAGGAGUAUUCUUCGCUGGGAUUCACGCCUGUUGUUCCUCGGACAAUGCCUUCGUUUGCUUGUUGCGCGAUGCAGAGCAGUUACGCUAUGUUUAUGCUUUACUAUAAGUCCCGAGCAGGUAAUCCUGGUAUGGUCGAGAGUCCUCUAAGUGACACAGACCAGCUUGGUGACGAGCUGCAGCAUGGGAUUGAGUGCGUUAUCGGAGCUGUACGGAAUUAUUCUAUGGCGUUUGAAGCGUUAGGUGGUAUGAGAGAUGAAAUCGAGGGAGCAUAUCUCACGGCGUUUCCGCAGGAGUAA